UGGGUACGUACGGCCAGCGAGGCGCUGGAAAAGCGUCUGUCGAGCUUUCUGUUCGUGCGAGCUAGUGCAACGACACACUAGGGACCUUGGCCGCCGCGGACAUUUUUGUACAAGAGGACUUCCCCCCGCGCGUCCGCGCUGGGCUGCCAAGCCUCACCAGAACACUGCUGAACUGCGCUGAAGCGCUGGCAGCUUCUUGCCGGCACGAAUUGGGCCGAGCGCCGAGAAGUAGCAGAGGAACGCUUUCGAUCACAUUGCGCGGCGCGCGCGCGUAGCGCAACCAAACCAUGACGACCUCCGUCGCCGAGGCCGGCCAGCGUUUACUGCAGGACGACCAGCCCUUCGACGUCGCCGUGUUAGAUGGUAUUGUGGCGGCGGCCUACGAACCGAGGCACCCGGAACGGGCCACGGCCAACGAGAUCCUCAUGAAGCUCCGGGAGAAGCCGGGCUGCUGGCAGGCCGCCGACCAGAUCAUCGAGAAGUCGAGUUUGCCCCAGGGCCGGUACUUUGGCCUCAUGGCCCUCGACGACGCCAUUAACACGCGGUGGAAGAUCCUGCCGGAAGGGCAGCGCACGGGCAUCAAGAACUUCAUCGUCAACAAGAUUAUUUCCCUGUCGAAGGAUGAAGAAUCCAGCAUGAGAGAACGGACGAUGAUCCACCAGAUGAAUAAGGUACUCGUCUCGAUACUAAAGCAGGAGUGGCCGCACAACUGGCCGUCGUUCAUCGGGGAUAUUUGUGGGGCGUCGAAGAAUUCCGAGAUUCUAUGCGAGAACAACAUGCACAUUUUGCGGUUAUUGUCGGAAGAAGUUUUUGACUUCUCGAAGGACUCGAUGACGACUGUACUGAACAGCGUCUCAUUCUAUACGCGUCGCGUCGAUGGCGUCGACGCGGCCGUCGGAGAGUCUACGCGUCUCGCGAGAGCGGUGGCGCUGUCGCCGCGACGGCGUCGACGCGACGCCGCGCCGCCUCGAUCGAUGACGCGUCUCGCGAGAGGGCGCGGUUCGCAACCGUAACCAACGCAGGCCAAGAUCCGCACCCUGAAAGAAUCUCUCAACACCGAGUUCGCGGAGAUCUUCAAGCUCUGUAUCUUCGUGCUAGGAGCAUCGAGUAGACCUCAAUUAAUCAGUGCAACAUUAAGAACGCUCAAGGCCUUCCUGUCCUGGAUUCCUUUAGGAUAUCUCUUCGAGACGGACUUAAUACGCACGCUCAUCGAGCGCUUCUUCGCCGCAGCACAGUUCAGAAAUGCUGCAUUGGAAUGCCUCACGGAAAUUGCGUCGCUGGCCGACCUCGAGCCGAAGUACGAUCCCAAAAUAAUCCAGUUGUACGUGGGCGUGUUGCAGGCGCUCGGGCAGGUCGUGCCGCCCAAUGCAUCUUUGGCUUCCGCUUUUGAGGCCACUGGAAGGGAAGCCGACCAGACCUUCGUCCGGCGAUUAGCUUUAUUUUUCUCGGGCUUCUUCAAGGCCCACCUGCGGUUGGUCGAGACGCGGGAGCAGGGUCCGUUGUUGUUAGAUGGUUUGAACUACUUAGUGAGGAUUAGCGCAGUUCCCGACAACGAGGUCUUCCAGAUCUGUCUGGACUUCUGGCACGCCUUCGCCCAGGACCUCUACGCGACCGAAACAGGAAGAUCCGCUCCGAGACCAGGCGGCUACGGCAACGACGACACCUUCGAGCCGCCCGUUACGUCAGAGGGCCCCGGCGGCGUGGCCUCGAGAUUCGGCGGCCGGGCCCCGGAGGGCUGGCCGCCGGCCGACCCCCGCAAGCAGCUCUUCCAGCACGGCGGCUUGCUCAGUCAAGCGCGACUCGUCAUGAUCUCACGCAUGGCAAAACCGGAAGAGGUACUGGUCGUCGAGGAUGAAAAUGGCGAAAUCGUGCGGGAGACGUUCAAGGACACGGAGGCCAUCGUCCAGCACAAGACCAUGCGGGAAACGUUAGUUUAUCUCACACACUUGAACUACGACGACACGGAGUCGAUCAUGCUCGACAAGCUCGCGCUACAGGUCGACGGCACGGAGUGGUCCUGGGCGAAUUUGAACACCCUCUGCUGGGCCGUUGGGUCCAUCUCGGGAGCCAUGUCCGAGGACGAGGAGAAGCGCUUCUUAGUUACCGUGAUUAAGGACCUGCUGGGGCUCUGUGAGGUCAAGCGCGGCAAGGGGAACAAGGCUUGUAUCGCUUCCAAUAUAAUGUACGUGGUAGGGCAGUAUCCCCGUUUUUUACGUGCUCAUUGGAAGUUCCUGAAGACCGUGGUCAACAAGUUAUUUGAGUUCAUGCACGAGCUGCACCCGGGCGUCCAGGACAUGGCCUGCGACACGUUCCUCAAGAUCGCCCAGAAGUGCAAGCGGAAAUUUGUCACCCAACAACCGGCGGAGCCGCGGCCCUUCGUCCAGGAUCUGGUCGCGCAGCUCCCGCAGAUCAUUUCGGACCUGGAGCCGCAUCAAGUGCACGCGUUCUACGAGGCGACGGCGACGUUACUCAGUGAUCGGGGCGGCCAUCCGUCGGUCGGGCAGCAGCGGCCCGAGUUGUUGCGACGCUUGAUGACGCUGCCCAACGACGCCUGGGCUCGGGUCACGGCGGACGCGGCGCGCGACCCUUCGACACUCACAAGACCGGAGACCGUGAGAGAUGUCACAAAAAUCGUGCGGACGCACGCGCGCGUCUGCGCGUCGUGCGGUCCUUUGUAUGUCACGCAGCUGGGGGGCAUCUACAUGGACCUGCUGAACGUUUGAAGCGGCGUCUCUUCUUUUCACCAUGACGCCGUCGACGCGGCCCGACGCAGGUCUACCGCGCCUACUCCCGGUCCAUUAGUGAAGCGAUCGCGGCGCACGGCGACCUGGCCACGAGACAUCAGGACGUGCGGAGCAUGCGCGCGGCGAAGCGCGAGAUCCUCCGAUUAUUAUCGACCUUCGUCGAGAAGUGCGGCGAGCCGGAGGCGCCGCCCCGAUUGGUGGCGGAGUCCUUCGUGCCCCCACUCCUCGAACCGGUUUUGGAGGACUACGCGCAGGCCGUGCCCGCGGCUCGAGAUUCCGACGCUUUGCUGCUGCUGGCCACCACGAUUGAUAAACUGCGAGAGCUCGUGAGCGAGCAGGUGCCGCGCGUAUUGGAAGCCGUCUUCGAGCCGACGCUUCGCAUGAUUACUACUAAUUUCGAGGACUUCCCGGAGCACCGCCUGGCCUUCUUCAAGCUGCUCAAGGCUACUAAUACCCAUUGUUUUGCGGCCUUGUUUGCGAUCCCGCCCGAGCAUCAUAAAUUGGUGGUGGAUUCGGUAGUCUGGGCGUUCAAGCACACGGAAAGGACGGUCGCGGAGACGGGCCUGGAGAUCCUGCACGAGUUGUUACUGAAUGUGUCGCAAGUGCCCGACGCGGCGAAACAGCCCUUCUACCGGGCCUUUGUGUUACCUUUGAUACAGGAUGUCCUCGCGGUGAUGACCGACCGAUUACAUAAAAGUGGAUUCAAGAUGCACGCGACGUUGCUGCGCCAUUUAUUUCACCUGGUCGAGGCGGGGCACGUGACCGUGCCGUUGUUUGAUGGUGGUAACUACCCGACGAACCAAGCGUUCAUGAGGGAACACGUGGCGAAUUUGCUCAAAUCAUCAUUCCCCAACCUCACGCACCAGCAGGUCGUCGACUUCGUGCGUCGGCCGCGUCCUCGAAACGCGCGCGACGGGCGCAUGGUCAUUUCAAUCCCGCGCAGGUCGUCGGCUGCUUCGACCUGAGGAUGGACCUGCCGUCCUUCAAAACUCAUUUGAGAGACUUCCUCGUCCAGCUCAAGGAGUUCUCGGCCGAGAACAACCAGGACCUCUACAGCGAAGAGCAGCAGCAGCAGCAGCAGAUGGCCGCCGCCGCGGCCGAAGCGCAGCGGCUGGCGGUCCCGGGCCUGGUGAACCCCAACGACCGGCCCAUGGACGACGACGAGGACCUCUAGGCGGGGGGGCGCGAUAAGAUGACACACACACGAAUAGUCA